AUGAUAUCUGAAAGAGCUGCCACUGCGUUGGCUACAGUUGGUACAGUAUGCUGGUGUAUUCAACUGAUACCACAAAUAUGGUAUAAUUGGAGGAGGAAGGAUUGUACGGGGUUACCACCAAUUAUGAUGUUAUUGUGGGUUGUCUCUGGUAUUCCAUUUGCAAUAUAUUUUUGCGUUAGUGAGGGAAAUAUAACUUUGCAAGUACAACCACAUCUUUUCAUGUUUUUUUGUUUGAUCAGUUUCGUUCAGUCGUGCUAUUACCCCCCAGUCCGCAUGACUCGUUGGAAAAUAAUUGCGGUGCUAGUUGCCUUCGGUGCUGUAGAUAUUGGAAUGGAGAUUGGUUUCAUAUUAUGGCUUCGUCCUCUCUAUCGGAAGGGUAUCCAUUGGCCGGCUUUAAUUUUUGGUAUUCUUGCAUCUAUUUUCCUGGCGUGUGGUUUGAUACCACCCUACAUUGAGCUAGCUAAGAGAAACGGUCGUGUUGUCGGUAUUAAUUUUAUCUUUUUGCUUAUAGAUUCUAUGGGAGCUUGGCUAUCGAUUGUGAGUGUUAUCUUGGGUAACAUGGACAUUAUGGGUAUCGUUUUAUAUUGCAUCGUGGCGGCGCUGGAACUAGGAAUAUUUAUCUCGCACUUUGUUUGGUGGUGUAGAUUUAGACGGUCAGGCAGCUGUGAUGUGCCAGAUGAGAAAGUUUAUGAAAGCAAUGAUCACGACAAAAAUGCAAUUGAGAAUAAUGGUGCCGCCAGUAUAUCUAGGCCCCGCGCAUCAGAUGCGACCUACGAUGAUGAUGAUGAUGAUGAUUACCAUAGUGUAAUAGGGGAGCAAAACAUUGGUGCUUCAAGGAUGCUUCGUGCAGUUCAUGGUGUGAGUUUGCAGAGGGAUGUCCUAACAUAUGGUGAGAUCGAGAGCAAUGAGCAGACGUGA